CGUACGGUGGCGUCAGUAUUCCGCGAGCUUCCAUCGCGUACUCUUCAAAGAAGUUGUGACUUAGUGAUUGAUCGAUUGAUCGAGCAAGAGAGCGAGCGAGCGAGCUAGCUAGCCGGAUUUUAGAGGUCGAAGAGAAACUGCGAAGAAAACUCGCCUUUUUCGAUUGUUAAGGUACAACGAAGAAGAGAAAAUGGCGGACACGGAUGGACAUGAGAAUGGCACCAGCAACGGCGACGUGCCUGAGAUCGAGCUUAUCAUCAAGGCAUCAACGAUCGAUGGCCGUCGAAAAGGUGCUUGUCUCUUCUGUCAAGAGUACUUUAUGGAUUUGUACCUUCUCGCCGAGUUAAAGACGAUCUCGUUGAAAGUGACGACCGUCGAUAUGCAAAAACCACCACCUGAUUUUCGUACCAAUUUCCAAGCGACUCCACCUCCUAUUUUGAUCGACAAUGGCGAUGCCAUAUUGGAGAACGAAAAGAUCGAACGACACAUCAUGAAGAAUAUACCCGGUGGACAUAAUCUUUUCGUACAGGAUAAAGAAGUUGCCACUUUAGUAGAGAAUUUGUUUAGCAAAUUGAAAUUGCUCCUGCUCAAUGCAAAAGACAAGGAUAAAGAUCCGAAGUCAUCCUCUUUGAUGGCACACUUACGAAAGAUCGACGAACACUUGGGUCGCAAGGGUACGCGCUUUCUCACGGGCGAUACGAUGUGCUGUUUCGAUUGUGAACUCAUGCCACGACUUCAACACAUCAGGGUCGCUGGGAAAUACUUCGCGAAUUUUGAAAUUCCCGAAAGUCUGGUGCAUCUUUGGAGAUACAUGCACCAUAUGUACAGGCUCGAUGCAUUUCUACAAAGUUGUCCGGCCGAUCAAGACAUCAUAAAUCAUUAUAAACUACAACAGAGCAUGAAGAUGAAAAAGCACGAGGAAUUGGAGACGCCAACGUUCACUACCAGCAUCCCUAUCGAGGUCAAUGACGACUAGGCUGGACCUUCGUCAUCGAGUCUAGGAUUUCUUUUUUUUUUCUUUUCCUUGGAUUCGAGACGAUAUAGUCAACAUCAUCAACAACAUCAUCAAAAACAACAAUACAGUCCUAAUACGAUCGACCUAUCGCGACAACAAAUAUUCGAUGUAGCGAAGUUUCGAUGAACCGUGUUUCGAACUUAAAAAUGAAUCGUUGGUGUUUUGUCCUUAGAGAAGGGAGAGAGGAAUGUGAGAAAGUGGGAAACAUUCCAUCGAAACUUCCCGUCAUUUAAAAAAUUAGUGUUGACACGACUAAGUUGAUCAAUGUAAAAAAAAAAUUUUGGAAAGCCUUUGCUACGUUUAUAUAUAUAUGUAUGUUUAUAUAUAUAUGGCCGAGCCAAAUCCAGAUUAAUUUAACUUUUUUAUCACGAUACUUUGAAUAAGUAAAACAAGUAAAAAAAAAAAAAAAAGAAAAAAAAAGAAAGGAGGAAGAAAACACAGAGAAAAAACUCCACAAGCCCAAGUUUGAUUCUUUAUUUAAAUUUACAUACACGUAUGUACAUACGAGUAUAAAUUGACGGUGUCGUUUUUCUUUUCCGCUUAUUUUUCUUUGAUUUUUAAUAUUACAUACGAAUAAUGUAUGUAAACGUUUAUCAAGAGAACAACAUGAUGUUGCGUUGAUAAUAAAUCGGACUUGUCAUUUUUCGAUGAUAGCGAUUAUUUCUAUUUGGUAAUAAAACGAAGAAGAGAUAUUACGAAUAAGGAUAAGAGUAUUUGUUUUUCUCGAAGCAACGAGCAUCAUGAAAGGAAAGAGGGAAAAAAAGAAAAAGAAAUUAAAAAAAAAAAAAGAAAAAAGAGAGAAAGAAAGAAAUAAAAAGUAAAAAA